AUUCACCUUCACGUAUAUUCUGUAACCGACUCUUUCUUAUCUCUGCUCGCCUACACAUCCAUACGUGUGCAAAAACAAUGGCGGAUGUCCAUCCAGUCUCGUCGUCUGCGCAUCCUGUCCAGCUCCCUGCCCUGCAGAACAAACAUGCUGAGGUCGGUUCAAAUGGUGCCAAUGGUGUAAAGAAGGCGAAGGACAAGAAAGCGAAACCGCAAUUCGACGCACAGCAUCCUCUAGAGAUGCAACCACCUCCGGAAUACAUCGAUCAUAGAAUCAAAAUAUUCGACGAAUUAAAAGCAGAAUAUGACAAGUUUGUCAAAGCUCAACCUCGCGAAGAGAUUAUCAUAACUUUACGCGAUGGCACAGAACGCAAAGGAACGAGCUGGGAAACAUCUCCAAUGGAUAUUGCCGCCGCAAUCCAGAAGAGCAUGCCGGAGCGGUUGGUGAUAGCAAAGGUAGAUGGUGAGCUCUGGGAUUUAGAGAGGCCCCUAGAAAAAUCUUGUAAACUAGAGUUGCUCGACUUUGAGAGUCGAGACGGUAAACAAGUAUUCUGGCAUUCGUCCGCGCAUGUCCUCGGAGAAUCUGCCGAAAGGCACUAUGGCUGUCAUCUCUGCAUGGGACCCCCAACCGAUGAUGGUUUCUUCUACGAGAUGGCCAAUACUGGAAGGCCGGUCGUAGCAUCAGACUAUCCUGUUCUAGAGAAGUUGGCCGAGAAUGUCAUGAAGGAUCGACAAAAGUUUGAACGCUUGGUAGUGUCAAAGGAGAAGCUACUUGAAAUGUUCCAUUAUAACAAAUACAAGAAGUACUUCAUCGAAACCAAAGUACCUGAUGGCACGUCAACGACGAUAUACCGAUGCGGUCCGAUGAUAGAUUUGUGUGUUGGGCCCCACAUUCCGCACACUGGGAGGAUCAAAGCAUUUAUGCUAACAAAGAAUUCAUCAUCUUUCUUCCUCGGAGAUGCGAACAACGACUCACUGCAGCGACUCUACGGAAUCUCUUUCCCAGACAAGAAGCAACUCUCUGAAUACAAGGUCUUCCUGGCUGAGGCCGCCAAACGGGACCAUCGCAAAAUCGGCAGGGAUCAAGAAUUAUUCUUUUUCAACGAUCUCGCGCCUGGUAAUGCUUUCUGGCUUCCGCACGGAACGCGAAUCUAUAACGCUCUUUUGGAGCAUAUGAGGGGACAAUAUUACAAGCGCGGUUACCAGGAAGUUAUCUCGCCCAAUAUGUUCAAUGCGAAGCUCUGGGAGCAAUCCGGUCAUUGGCAGAAUUACAAGGACGACAUGUUCUCCCUAGAUGUUGAGAAAGAGAAAUGGGCGCUCAAGCCAAUGAAUUGCCCCGGUCAUUGUAUAAUCUUCGACUCACGGGACCGUAGCUAUAAGGAAUUACCCAUCAGGAUGGCGGAAUUCGGCAUCGUACACCGGAAUGAAGCGAGUGGGGCACUGUCUGGUUUGACGAGAGUGCGACGAUUCACGCAAGACGACACGCACGUGUUCUGCAUGGAAUCUCAGGUUACCCAAGAAAUCAAUGCCCUAUUCGAUUUCAUGCAGCACACAUAUGGUCUAUUUGGCUUCGAAUUUCACUUGGAGUUGUCUACUAGACCAGAAAAGUUCCUGGGUAGCAUUGAAACUUGGGAUAGGGCUGAGACGCAAUUGCGCGAUGCCCUCGAGGCGCAAUAUUCCGGAAAGUGGGAGUUGAACCCUGGCGAUGGCGCCUUCUAUGGCCCUAAGAUCGAUGUCACCAUCCGUGAUGCAUUGAAGCGGUCCUUCCAAUGCGCUACUAUUCAGCUGGACUUCCAGCUACCCGAACGAUUCAAUCUUAGGUAUCGCUCCGCGGAUGACAAUGAGAAUACCGAAAAGCCACGCCCUGUUAUGAUCCACCGUACACUCCUUGGGAGCUUGGAGCGGUUUACCGCCAUUAUUACCGAACACUUUGCAGGGAAAUGGCCUUUCUGGAUAUCUCCGCGCCAGGUUAUUGUUAUUCCGGUCGCUGGACGCAACAACGAAUACGCCAUCGAAGUUGCCACGAAGCUCUCAGACCUGAACCUCUUCACGGACGUCGACACUUCUGACAAUACCCUGCCGAAGAAGAUCCGCAAUGCAGAAAUUGCACAGUACAACUUUAUUCUCGUUGUGGGUGAGAACGAGCAGAGUGGCCGUGCUGUCAAUGUGCGCAACCGCGAUGAUGCGGGCACGAAGAACCAGGGCGAGAUGAUUCCCCUUGAUGUUAUUGCAGACAAGCUCGUUCGUUUGAAGGCUUCAAAGAGCUUGUUGAACAAGCUAGAGUGAUUAGAUAAUAAAUGACGUUGAUCGUUAUAUGUAGUCAUGUAGUUAUACACAACCAUUUAGGGGUAGAACGUAGAUUAGCUGUCGAAGAAGGCCUCGUAUUGAUGUCAUUCGCUCUUUGCUAUCGACUAAUUAUCAAGAAGCC